AUGAACGGUAUAGGUGGUUGUUGUAUUGCAAGGCAUGCGAGACGAGGUGGAUGUGGUGGGAUGUACGGCAUGUCGAAGGUGGAGAGGAUAAUGCUAAAGUACAGGCCGAUCGCGCCUAAACCGGUGGCUGCUGGGCCAGGUUCCGGUGGUUCCACGACGGAGACUAGCGAUGGGUAUGUUAAGUGUGGAAGAGGUAAGAGAAAGUAUGUUAGGGCUAACGGGAACAAAAAGAAGAAUGGUAAUUCGAAGAGAGGCAAUAGUGAAAACAAAAAGGCGACGACGUCGUUAUGUCCACCGCCUCCGUCUACUACAGAAGAUACGGUUGUGACGCUUUCUUUGUUGCCGGAGACUCCAGAUCGGAAAGAGAACUCACAGGUUACAGGUUUUGCAGAUCUGUUAUCGUCAACCCAGAUAAAGAAGUGUAAGUGCAAUAACAACAAAAAAUCAGCACCGGCGCCUGUCUGGUUGAGCUUUGACAGCAAGGAGCAAAAGGUAGGGUUUGAUCCAGUUGUAGUGAGACCUCCACCGCCACCGCCACCUCAACGACUGCAAGUGGUGUCAUACGUGACAGUGGAAUGCGUGAGAGAGAGUUGGGUAGACGGAUUAGGGAUAGACUACUGUACGGACAAGGAAAGGGUCAUGAACAUGGAGAGGGACACGUGUCCUGGGUUCAUAUCGGACGGCCAAGAUAGGGUGGUGUGGUCUAACAAGGCGUUCAGACUGAUGGUCGGAGUUGGAGACGUGAUCAGCGGAGAGGACAUGUCGGUGGUGUUGGUGAGGAAGAAUAAUUGGAUGCCAUCGCCGGUAAGAUACCCAACUUUCACCUGCAAGGUGACGAUAACCGCCGCCGUCGCCACUUACUGUAACGGCACAACUCCUUCACCGGCGUCUCCGACGCGAACGCUGCCGUGUGACGUUUGGAGGAUGGAGCGUGGUGCCUGCGCAUGGCGAUUGGACGUCAAAGCAGCCCUUAGCUUGGGUCGGUAA